UACGCUAUCGGUAAAGUCCCUAUGUUGACUAGUUGAGAAAAAUAUAAAUAUGGCCUUCUACAGUUAUAAUACAGUCUUAGCUAUUACCCGAACAAGAUUCCCUAGCCAUUUUGUCCAUCCUGUCUGCGCUUGUUAUGUCCCAUCACUUGCACUUCUUCACUUGCCAGAUAUCCAUUUAAAUAAAACAUAUAUGAAGAACUAUGGCAGCAAGAAGUUCUCUUAUUAUAGCCAUCCAGCCAGUAAAGUACUUCAUGUACGAACUAGAAUAAUACAAAAGCUACACACAUCAACUUGUUGGCUACAAGAGGUCCCUGGUAAACCUCAACUGGAACAAACCACACAAAAGCCACAGGUGACAAGCCCACAGCCCACAAAAGAAACUGGCACGAAGAUUAAGGAAGAAAAACGAUCUUACAGGCAAAGAAUUGUGGAUGAAUUAAAAUAUUAUUAUAAUGGAUUCUAUUUGCUUUGGAUUGAUACAAAAAUUGCCAUCAGGAUGGUUUGGAGGCUAUUGCAUGGACAGGUGCUGACCAGACGAGAAAGACGAAGGCUUUUGAGAACUUGUGUUGAUUUGUUCCGGCUGGUUCCAUUUAUGGUGUUCGUAAUUGUACCCUUCAUGGAAUUCUUAUUGCCAGUAUUUGUGAAACUCUUCCCAGAGAUGUUGCCAUCAACUUUUGAAAGGCAAUCCAAAAAGGAAGAAAAACAGAAAAAGAAAAUGGCUGCAAAGUUGGAACUAGCAAAAUUUCUUCAAGAAACUAUCACAGAAAUGGCAAAGAGGAACAGAACCAAAUUGGGAGAAGCCUCUACGCGGUUUUCAACCUAUGUCAAACAGGUCCAGACAGGCCACAAGCCCUCCACAAAGGACAUAAUUCAGUUUUCCAAACUCUUUGAGGAUCAGCUAACCCUGGAACACCUAGACCGACCUCAACUGGUUGCCCUUUGCAAACUGCUAGAGUUACAAUAUUUUGGAACCAACAAUCUGCUUCGCUUUCAACUCCUGCAGAGGCUAAAGUCUAUAAAAGCAGAUGAUGAAAUAAUUGCCAAAGAAGGAGUGAGUGCUUUGAGCGUGUCAGAACUACAAACUGCCUGUAGGGCCCGAGGGAUGAGAUCGCUGGGUCUCACUGAAGAACAACUGAGACAACAGCUGACAGAGUGGCAGGACCUCCACCUGAAGGAAAAUGUCCCUCCUUCUCUUUUGCUUUUGUCACGAACCUUCUACCUGAUAGAUGUGAAGCCACAGCCAAUUGAGAUACCACUAAGUGAAGAGCCACCAGAGACAAGUAUUCCUGUGGAAUCAACUACUUCCCCUAAAUCUAAAGAGGAUAUGGUGGAUAUUGCUCCUCAACUGAAAGGAACUAAGGAUGAAGAAUUUAUACAACUGCCACCAGUUACAUCACCCAAAACACCAUCAGUACCUAUUUUAUUACCUAAAGAAUCUAUUACUUCUGCUAAAGAAGCUACACACCAAGCCAAAUCACAAAAGACAACCCAGAACAGCAAGGCUAGUUCAAAAGGAGCCUAAGGACUAUUGGAGGCUGAAGCUCACUCUUUCCAGCGUCCUGCCCUCAGCAGUAGUAUCCAUAAAGGACCUCCUAGCUAUGACUCUCUGUGUCUAGUUUGAGACAGAGGAUCAGCCAUUUGGUCCUUGGAACCAUCCUUUGAGGCCUUCCAACCGUUCAGAUGAUGUCAGCAGUCAGACCAAGGUCAGACCAUUUAGAAAAAUAUAUUUGCAAAGUCCACUUCUUCUGUAUCAUUAUGUCUUCUCACUAAACUUUGUGUAAAGCCCGUCACCCUCACCUCCAUGUUAUUUUUGAGCAGCUUCAUAUUUGUGUGAAUGUUCUUUGAGGGGACUUUUUGCAUGAUGGAAUCAGCCUGACACCUGAAAUGCAUUGGCCUCCUCUAGCUUGUAAACAUGUAACACAACCAAGAACUUGACAACUCCAGACAUCUUUGCAAGAGCACCUCUUCAGCUUUUUUUCAGAGUGAUCCAGCAGUUGGAAACAAAGUACCUUGUGAUACAGAUUGGAUAUAUUCCCCAGAAAGGUCUUCCUGGAUAUAAAGAAGAAAACACUUUGUGGAGAAAAUGCCAGUUAAGCAGACUGGCAGUCAGAGUUGGCUACUGCUUGGCUGUUCUGAGACAUCUCCCUCUUGGGCCUGCAGAAGCUGCAGGAAUCUGGGAGGCUGCCACUAUUUGAACACAUAUGGUUUUCAUUAGCCAUCAUUUUGCUAGGAGACAUAAUUAAGAGCUUAAGACUUAACCAUUUGUUUGUGCUGGGUGUGUGCUUUUUCUGGUCUGUUUGUCUUUCACAAAUAAGACUAUCUGUUAGUCAUAGGGGUUGUUAAAGUUUGAUAUAAUCCUUAAACUACUCGGUAACAAGUAUUAUGUUCAGGUAUUUAUGUUUAGUAUUGUCAGUACUGAAAAAACUUAAGAUAAAAAUAGAUUGCCAGGCAACCGACCAAUAGCUUUCUUCCCUGGGGAAGCACCUAGAAGGGAAAAUAGAUUUUGACCAGUAGGUGACAAAGUAAGAUUUCUUUACUUUAAGCCAAAUGCUAAGAAAUUAAAAGCAGUUAGGUGGGAGUCAGUUAAACCAAGUAAUACUCAAAAUCUCCCUGUCUGGGAUCAACCAAAUGAGGAAUGUUAUCAGCACUUUGCAGCAAGGAUAUAUGCACUUUACAAAGCUGCCUAAACCUCCUCUCUACCAGAGGACAAGUCCCAUCACGUCUGCUAAUGAAUUCCACUUCCUGAGGAUGAGUCCCUACUGUGGAGCACUCCAUGGAUCUUGCCAUUGGCGUUGCAAGGUGAUUCACAAUAAAUUUUCCCAUUUAAAAAAUGAUGGGUGUUUAUUUUAAUUAGUUCACAUUUCAAAGUGUUGAAUAUGGGAAAGGGAUUAGCAACUUGCUCAAUCCUGAUACAGCUGGGUGAUUCAUACAUCCUACUGGGCUGUUCAACACUUCUUUCCCUUUGAGCAGAAUGGAAAUGGUUUGGUCACGGGUCCCCUGGUCACUUUGGUCCUAUCUGGCCUCCAUUUUUGCUACAUCUAGGCCCCCGAGGCCCUUGGCAUUCCUCUCUUCCUAUUCUUAUAGUAGCUCACUGAAGCCCAGGUUGGAUUUUUUUGCUCUCAUCAGUGAAAGUACUUGGCUGUUGAGUUCGGUGAUUGUCAGAUCUAGCCAGUGGUAGCAUAGUAAAAGGUUAACAACCAAAUCCAGUGGUGGAGGGUGCUGAUUUGUAGUCUUUGCUGGUUCCAGUGAUGUAAACACACCCAGAUAGUUGACUUGAGGUCACUGAACAGCAGAGCUGGAAAGAUAUGUGCAGUUAGUUCAAGAACUGGCUGUAGGACCCGGCUGACCCCAGUUCUGCAAGAAGUGAGACAAUAAAACCUCUAGCAGGUAGCACGUUAAUAUAGCACUUGUGUGUGCCAAUACAGGCACCCUGAAUCCUGCUAAGUGCCAAACUGAACCUUCCUGACCUUCCCUCUUCUUAGUUUUUAUCAUGAGGGAAAGGAAGGUGGUGCCAAGUUGCUGCAAAGCUUUCUCCUUUCCCUGCUUAUACCUAGCUAUACCUGACAAUACUACUCUCAUUGGGUAUAAUCUUAAGCACUUUCUAAUAAAAUCCACCCUCAGUGACUGAUGUCAGACUUGGCCUGUGUUUUACACAUGCACAGUUCUGCUACAGUAGGUGCUGGCAGUACUUGACUUUCAUGGACCUGCAUGCCUGCCAUGUCUAAUUCUAUACUUCAAUCACACUGGUGAUAAAUGCUCUGUUAACACUAAAACCUAGAAUAAGGAUUUUCCAGUCAUGACCUGUACCCCCCUGUAAGGAAAGUCAGACUAAUUUGCCUUCAAAGCAGAGUGACACAUUACUGAAAAUUGAUUGAGAUUCUGGAGUGCUGGCUCCUCCCAGUGGUAGCUGGUACACAAAGCAACUUCAUGGAGAUAGAUUCCUCGCUUCAUCAGAGGCCCAAUCUUACUUACCUGAGAUCAAUACAUUUCGUUAGCAGUGCCAAGGGACUGACGAUCCCCAGCCUAUGGCAAUUAGAAAGGGCGGAAAGGCUGUAUUGAUUAAUGCUGUGGUGACCCCAGACCCUAAUCUCUUAACCCUCAGGAAACCAAAUUUAGUGCCUUGACAGUCCGAUGUCUUCAUUAGAUAAACCGGAUUUUCCUUUUCUCUGGAGACCCAAUCUGGUCAUCUAAGUAAAAUGGUCAUUUCAUUUUCUCUCAGGUCAAUUUCACUAUCUUUUAUUUGACAGGCAGCUCAGUCUCUGGGGAAAUCCGUGCAUGAUUUGAGUAGUAACAGCAAGGACACCACUGUUAUAGUAAUUGUGCCUUCUAUUUCUCUAGCACCUCUCCCGAUGGCCUAUAAAGGCCAUUACAGAUUCAUUCACACAACACUGUUUCAAGGAAGGGCCAAGGGAUGGCUAUUUCACAACAAAACACACCAUUAUAUCAUCUCCAAGCAAAUGGUUUUAAGAGCUAGAAUUCAUUUCCUGGCUCUGUUCACCAGAUUAUACCUUCAUUCAACAUAAACACAAGGUGUAAUGUGUUGAAAGUUUCAUAUUUACAGAGAGACACAAGGACAAGAGACAAUUUUACAAUAGCGGCCCCUACAUCUGCCAAAAGUAGCUAGCUCAGAAAGGAAAUGUAAACAGCAACCCCAUUUUCCCUCUAGAAAUGAAAGUGUAUGGAACUUUCAAUUGUACUCACUCAACAGUAAUCCAGCAAAAGUUUAGUCUUAGAUACAGAGGCAGAGCCACCCACUGAGGCUCUGUACUCAGAUCCUAGGAGCCGACACUCAUCAACAUGCAAUCUAAGGAUCUGUGGACCCAGGACCUCUCUGGUGAGUACAGCAGUCACCAGCAGGUGGCAGAGGAAGUAAUUUCCAAGCAACCAAAAAAAUAAACAUUCAGAGAAUUUUUUCCCUAUCCUGAGGGAUGGGGUGGAGUCUGUACAGGAAGGACUACAGGAUGCCAAGAUCUGUGAUACUCCCAACAAAUGCAGCCUGGUCACAUGGGUACCAGAAGAAUGGUGUGGGGGAGGAUCAUGAACAGAGCAGACUGGGAAACUAGAAGCAAGGGGCCCGAAUUGGACACAAAUAUAGUCUCAGGUGACAAGUUUCCCUCACAUGGCAGCACAGGCAGAACCACACCCGCCCAGCGUGGGUAGACACAUAUCUGGGCUUGAGUUUUUGCAGGCCCUACUUGGAUAAUCUUUAGCUUACCCCUUGGCUGUUCUGAGGUAGGCCCCCAACUCUCUUUGACCCCCCGACUCCACGCCUCCCUCCCCCGUUUCCCAGUUUCCUGAGGAAACAAUCUGUGGUUAGGGCUAGGGGAGGGGCAUGGGGCUCUGGCCCAGAGCCCAGUGCCUCGGGUGUACUGACAGGAGGCGCCUGUCCAAGAGACAGACAACUUUUUCCCCUGCCUUUCCAAAGACAUCAGAUCUAAAAGGAAGAGGUUAGGAGGCAACUUCAGGGAGCAGAUAACCCUCCCUGGACAGACAACUCCCGGACCCCAUUUAUCUCCCUUUUUGUUGACAUUCUCUCCCUUGUCACACAGCCCAUAUAAAAAUGAAGCAGCAGCAAUUUUUAUUGAGGGACCUAAACUGAAAAUAGGUUUAGAACAUAAUUUAAAAAAAUAAAACAGCAAAAGUAGCAAAAAAUAUAUGACCUUUUUAAAAACAUUUUCCUUUUUUUUCUUUUUUCUUUGUUUUUAAUAUAUAGCAACUGAUGCUUCCCAGCCACCAGGAGCAUCUUACCCGAUGGGUAAAUCUCUGGUUAACGACCCUUUUAAAAAGACAUGUAAAUAUAUACUCAGAUUUAUACACUUUGUGUUUUCUUCAUAGCUAUGUACAAAGCCCCCAGUUUGGGGCUGGGCCCCAGGGCCACAACACUGCUCCCAGCCUUUGCCUCCCUAUCCUCUGGCACCAGGUAUUUGGUCAGCAAA